UCCAUGAAACUGACCUCUGUUCUUAUUCUCAUCAAUCAUUCUCCAAUUUAGUAUCCUUUUCAAUUUCAUCCCAUUUUUUGUCAUCACAUGUGAGAUAUAUACAUGUACAAAUAUUUAUAUAUAUGAUAUGAUAUAUCUUACUAUUUGUAGCUUAGGAAUCUAUUCAUAGCAGCAAAAAGUAAACAGAACUGAACAACUAGUAAUGGAAGAUACUAGCUUCUUUGUGAUCUUAUCAUCCUUUCUGCUUCUCAUAGUUAGUACACAAACAAGCUCAGCUCAACUUACUCGUGGCUUCUAUCGAAACACGUGCCCCAAUGUGGAACAGUUGGUUCGUUCAGCUGUGGAGCAGAAGUUCCAGCAAACCUUUGUGACUGCCCCUGCCACUCUUAGACUCUUCUUCCAUGAUUGCUUUGUGAGGGGUUGUGAUGCUUCCAUUUUGCUUGCAUCUCCAAACAACAAGGCAGAGAAAAAUCAUCCUGAUGACAUUUCACUAGCUGGGGAUGGCUUUGACACAGUUGUUAAAGCCAAGGCAGCGGUUGAUAGUGACCCUCAAUGCAGAAACAAAGUCUCUUGUGCUGAUAUUCUUGCUCUGGCUACUAGAGAUGUGAUAAAUUUGGCUGGGGGACCAUUUUAUGAAGUUGAAUUGGGAAGGCUUGACGGAAGAAUAUCUACUAUUGCUAGUGUUCAACGCCAGCUUCCUCACCCUGAUUUCAAUUUAGAUAAGCUCAAUUCCAUGUUUAGCUUCCAUGGCCUCACAAAGACAGAUAUGAUUGCCUUAUCAGGUGCACAUACAAUUGGAUUCUCUCACUGCAACCAUUUCUCAAGACGGAUCUACAACUUCAGCCCCCAAAAAUUAAUUGACCCAACACUUAACUUACAAUAUGCCUUCCAACUUAGACAGGCUUGCCCUCUCAGAGUUGAUUCUAGAAUUGCCAUAAACAUGGACCCUGUCACACCUGAAAAGUUUGACAACCAAUACUUCAAGAAUCUCCAGCAAGGAAUGGGCCUAUUCACUUCUGAUCAGGUGCUGGCUACAGAUGAAAGGUCAAGGGGCACAGUCAACUUAUUUGCAUCAAAUGAACAAGCUUUUAACAAAGCUUUUAUUGAAGCUAUUACUAAAAUGGGAAGGAUAGGUGUUAAAACAGGUAGACAAGGGGAAAUAAGGUUUGAUUGCUCCAGGGUGAACUGAGAAAGUAUAAUGAUGGUAUGUCAUUUGGAAUAAUGUUUGGUGCACAACACCAAAAUUCAAGUCACCACAUGGCACUAGCAGUGUGUGAGAAGAUAGUGGAACUGUGGAAAAAAAAAAGUGAGAGUAGCUGUAAUAUGAGGGUGAGAAUUGUGAAAGUAUGAAGCAAUGUGUGAAAGCAUAAGUGAGUAACAUUAUUCACUUUAUUUAUUUUUGUUUCAUAUAUGAAUAUGAAUUUUGCAUAUUUCUUAAUUCAUAGUUGAAUUAAUAAUUGGAGUUCUUUCAACUC